UUGCCUCAAAACCGAUUCACGCCACUGUCAUUCACAACCCGACAAAGUGAGACUACAGAACACAUCGCUUAUUAAUGAAGAAAAACUCUUCUAGAGAAUCGCACUUCGGAAUAGCCUAAAAUAAGACUGAGCUUUUAUGCACGGGAAAGUUACUACUCUUCAACUUUAAUCGUCGGACAUGCCACCUCAAAUGGAUUAUUAUCGUGAAGAAUCCCGCGUCCCCUCUUCAUGCGGAUUGAUAAACGAAGAGGCCGGGUUGGAGAGGGAGUUCGCGCCGGGGUUGGAGAGGGAGUCAGCGCCGGGGUUGGAGAGGGAGUUCGCGCCGGGGUUGGACAGGGAGUCAGCGCCGGGGUUGGACAGGGAGUCAGCGCCGGGGUUGGAGAGGGAGCCAGCGGCUAUCAGCUGUAUGCUGGUGGGGGACGGGGCGGUGGGAAAGACAAGCAUGAUAGUCAGUUACACCAGCAAUGGAUACCCCACGGAAUACAAACAGACCGGCUUUGAUGUCUUUUCAGGUCAGGUCCAAGUAGGAGGAGCCUCAGUCAGAAUACAACUACUGGACACAGCUGGACAGGAGGUGUUUGACGAUUUCCGCUCCCUCUCCUACUCCCACACGGAUGUCUUCCUGCUCUGCUUCAGUGUGGUCAACCCCACCUCCUUCCACAAUGUCACCCACAAGUGGAUCCCAGAGAUCCGAGCCUGCAACCCCUCAGCUCCCAUCAUCCUCGUGGGCACCCAGUCCGACCUCCUGCUGGACGUCAACGUCCUGAUCAACCUGGCCCGCUGCGGGGUCAAACCAGUGCUGACCAAUCGGGCGCGGAGCGUGGCGGUGAAGAUCAGAGCGGCGGACUAUGUGGAAUGUUCUUCGUUGACACAGAAGAACUUAAAAGAGGCGUUCGACGCGGCCAUCUUUGCUGCCAUCAAACACAAGGCCAGGAAGGAGAAGAGGCAGCUGUCGGACAGACGCAGCAAGGCCUUCUCUAAAUGCAGCUGGAAGAAGUUAUUCUGUUUUAUCUGAGAUGAGAUUCCAUGGGUCCUGGACAGAAUAAUGACUAUUUUUAUUUAUUAACUUAUGAAGACUUACUAAGAACUUGUAGCUUUGGAAUCAUCCCAGAAUUGGUAAAUGAACUGAGUUCUACUGGUAGUCCUGGACUGAAGACAGUGGUAUAGCGUACUUCACAAGCCCUUGCAGGUAACCAAGUAAGAACGGGUACUGAAGCGUAAUAAAGACAAGAGAAAAUCAAAACCAAGGACAUUGAGUACAUCUUGUCAGUGGGACAAGGCUGUCAUGGUAAUGGUGUGAAUUCCUUUGCAUGGUCUGGAUUGGUGCCUUCUCCAACCCGAGAGCUUACUGCGCUGCCUCUGUGUGAUAGUCAGAGAGUCAGUGGGUUGUGAGAGAGAAGGAUAUUUUUUAGGUCGUCAGGUGUUGGUUGUUAGCUUUUUCUCAUUUGCAUUUUUGCUGCCCAGCCACACAAAACAAGGCCUAUUCAUAUUCAACAGUGUAUGUAGGCUGAAGUCACAGCGCUAGGCUAGGUGCUACCUUCUUACCUGUGUGUGACCUGGGAAUGGCGUCCACAGGCCAUUGUGUUGGUGAGGGCGGCACGAAGCCUAGCGGUGAGGGUGGCACGUAGCCUAGCGGUUAGGGCGGCACGUAGCCUAGCGGUGAGGGCGGCACGUAUCCUAGCGGUUAGGGCGGCACGUAUCCUAGCGGUUAGGGCGGCACGUAUCCUAGUGGUUAGGGCGGCACGUAUCCUAGCGGUUAGGGCGGCACGUAUCCUAGCGGUGACGGCGGCACGUAUCCUAGCGGUGAGGGCGGCACGUAUCCUAGCGGUGAGGGCGGCACGUAGCCUAGCGGUGAGGGCGGCACGUAUCCUAGCGGUGAGGGCGGCACGUAUCCUAGCGGUGAGGGCGGCACGUAUCCUAGCGGUGAGGGCGGCACGUAGCCCAGCGGUUAGGGCGGCACGUAUCCUAGCGGUUAGGGCGGCACGUAGCCUAGCGGUUUAUUUAACCAGGUAGGCCAGUUGAGAACGCCUUUAUUUAACCAGGUAGGCCAGUUGAGAACGCCUUUAUUUAACCAGGUAGGCCAGUUGAGAACGCCUUUAUUUAACCAGGUAGGCCAGUUGAGAACGCCUUUAUUUAACCAGGUAGGCCAGUUGAGAACGCCUUUAUUUAACCAGGUAGGCCAGUUGAGAACACCUUUAUUUAACCAGGUAGGCCAGUUGAGAACACCUUUAUUUAACCAGGUAGGCCAGUUGAGAACACCUUUAUUUAACCAGGUAGGCCAGUUGAGAAUGCCUUUAUUUAACCAGGUAGGGCAGUUGAGAAUGCCUUUAUUUAACCAGGUAGGGCAGUUGAGAAUGCCUUUAUUUAACCAGGUAGGCCAGUUGAGAACAAGUUGUCAUUUACAACUGGGACCUGGCCAAGAUAAAGCAAAAGCAGUGCAACACAAACAACAGAGUUACACCUGGAAUAAACAAGCGUACAGUCAAUAAUACAAUAGAAAAGUCUAUAUACAGUGUGUGCAAAUGGUGUGAGGAGGUAAGGCAAUAAAUAGGCCAUAAUUGCUCCAGGGUCGCGACCCCACUCUCCGAGGGUGUCUCAGGGGGAGUUGGGAUGUGCCAAAAACCCACAUAGGACUAAUAGGAAACAGGACAAAUAUAAACACCCCACCAAAUUAAUGAGUUCAAUUAUUAAGCUUUGAUGCCGGGGCGGCAGGGUAGCCGAGUGGUUAGAGAGUUGGACUAGUAACCGGAAGGUUGCAAGUUCAAACCCCCGAGCUGACAAGGUAAAAAUCUGUCGUUCUGCCCCUAAACAGGCAGUUAACCCGCUGUUCCUAGGCCGUCAUUGAAAAUAAGAAUUUGGUCGAUUCAUUCUUUAACUAUGAUAAAUCUUGAGGCAACUUGGGAAACAUAUUUUCAAUGUAAUGAUUGUAUACAGUAUAAUAAUCCGCCAGCCUGAGGUGUGAGGCUUCAAAUCAAAUCUUAUGAUCACAUACACAUGGUUAGCAGAUGUUAUUGGUCACAUACACAUGGUUAGCAGAUGUUAUUGGUCACAUACACAUGUUUACUAGAUGUUAUUGCUGGUGUCGCGAAAUGCUUAAAAAAAUAAAAUAAUUAUAACAUUAAAAGAACAAAAUUCUGCAAAGUUGCUUAGGUGCUAAAAGCGCGGCUGCUCUAUCUUUAGGCGGCAUCUUAUCUUGCAGCCUAAAUGCCUCUGCAGAAUGUUCUGUUGGGUUUGCAGCCUAAAUGCCUCUGCAGAAUGUUCUGUUGGGUUUGCAGCCUAAAUGCCUCUGCAGAAUGUUCUGUUGGGUUUGCAGCCUAAAUGCCUCUGCAGAAUGUUCGGUUGGGUUUGCAGCCUAAAUGCCUCUGCAGAAUGUUCGGUUGGGUUUGCAGCCUAAAUGCCUCUGCAGAAUGUUCUGUUGGGUUUGCAGCCUAAAUGCCUCUGUAGAAUGUUCUGUUGGGUUUGCAGCCUAAAUGCCUCUGCAGAAUGUUCUGUUGGGUUUGCAGCCUAAAUGCCUCUGCAGAAUGUUCUGUUGGGUUUGCAGCCUAAAUGCCUCUGCAGAAUGUUCUGUUGGGUUUGCAGCCUAAAUGCCUCUGCAGAAUGUUCUGUUGGGUUUGCAGCCUAAAUGCCUCUGCAGAAUGUUCUGUUGGGUUUGCAGCCUAAAUGCCUCUGCAGAAUGUUCUGUUGGGUUUGCAGCCUAAAUGCCUCUGCAGAAUGUUCUGUUGGGUUUGCAGCCUAAAUGCCUCUGCAGAAUGUUCUGUUGGGUUUGCAGCCUAAAUGCCUCUGCAGAAUGUUCUGUUGGGUUUGCAACCUAAAUGCCUCUGCAGAAUGUUCUGUUGGGUUUGCAGCCUAAAUGCCUCUGCAGAAUGUUCUGUUGGGUUUGCAGCCUAAAUGCCUCUGCAGAAUGUUCUGUUGGGUUUGCAGCCUAAAUGCCUCUGCAGAAUGUUCUGUUGGGUUUGCAGCCUAAAUGCCUCUGCAGAAUGUUCUGUUGGGUUUGCAGCCUAAAUGCCUCUGCAGAAUGUUCUGUUGGGUUUGCAGCCUAAAUGCCUCUGCAGAAUGUUCUGUUGGGUUUGCAGCCUAAAUGCCUCUGCAGAAUGUUCUGUUGGGUUUGCAGCCUAAAUGCCUCUGCAGAAUGUUCGGUUGGGUUUGCAGCCUAAAUGCCUCUGCAGAAUGUUCUGUUGGGUUUGCAGCCUAAAUGCCUCUGCAGAAUGUUCUGUUGGGUUUGCAGCCUAACAGAUCUCCACUGUGCCUCGCAUACUCCCUUAAAAUACCUUUUCUUGAAAAACUGCAAUAGUACUCUUUGUCCCUCUUGAGACACCGUAUCCAGUAUAUACUUCCUCAAAAUAAUCAGAAUUAAUUGAAGAAAUCUGUAAUAAAUUGACAGGUUUUUUUUUCAGAGGGGGGUCUUAGAGUCACGCAAUUUUGCAUUUAACUAAGAUGUUUGGUUCAGUAUUUCUCUAGGAAAUUAAUGUGAAAAUGAGUCGUCUCAUUGAAUGACAACCAUCACUACAUCGAAGAAUCCCUACUGUUGACCAAUCACCGACAAAAAGGAGUAGACUUCGGCCACCGAACUUCGGCUUGCCUCAAGAAAAAUGUUGUGUGCACGAACAGACGGAAAAAAACAUUGCCAAAGACCAAAAAUAAUCAAAACGUGACAAAAAAAUGGCAUCAUAAUAUAGUAUACGCAGAAACUGUUUCGGAUGGGAAGCAUGCAGAUGCCUCUUAACCAGAUCUCCCCCCCCCCCCAUCUUGGUCAGUGUAAAGCCAGCAGGCAGGGUAGAGAAGCUAGAGAGUAAUCCAACCAUACCCUGGCCCAGGAGAAAUCCCCAGCACACUGUCUCUGUUUUAGCCUUUGUUUGUUUACAUCGGUAGUGAGACUAGAAAACCCCAGGCAAUAGAAACCCCAAGACCGCCCAGCUCCGUUAACCUCCAGUGAAUGAAACACCCCUCUUGUCUCUGUCUGAUUGUACUCCUCACUCUAUCUCCAGCCGAUUCAACCCUACUGCUCUAUAGAAUACACUGUGUACAUUAUAGUAAAGCUAAAUAGCUCCUGCUUAAAUGUUAACACUCACUUUAAAUAGCCUGGGUGCCCGUCUAGCUCUGUGGUUUAUUGGACAGGGAUGUUAUUGCCAGACCGAUGGUGACUGUCAGUCCUAGCUUGUUUAUAGAGAUGAGGGUUGGCAUCCAGGCUAUAUGCUGGUUAUGCUUCUCGUGGAAGAGCUAAUGUGAAUUUGAUAUAUUUCUGUUUGUUUUAAACAGUUCAUUGAACGUUUUUUUUAUUUGUCUGCAAUGUUACAGGUUACAAGGAAUUUUCACCAUAAUGCUUCUGAAAGCUGUGAACAGUUCACCUUUGGGGAAUCACAUAUUUCUGUCACUAAUCUUUUUAACCAAACCCUCUGUCAAUACUUUGCUUUUUCAUACUGUGUUGGAAUGAAGCAAUGGAAAUAAAUGAUUUAAACAAA